UGAGUUUUCCUCUUUUUCUAUUCAAAAUUCUAAAAAGAACAACAAUAUAAUAUAAAUAAGAAAAUCCUUUUCUGUGGCUUUGGAUUCUUCUAGCAAAUCGUGCCUGCCUGGGUGCCAGCUUUACUCGGGUGAAGGACUCAAAACUGGAUCUCUUCUUGGUGUGUGUGUGAGAGAGAGAUGGAGAAGUGGAGAGUGGUCAAGCUUGUUUUCUUGGUAAUCUGCAUUUUGGGUUGGGAGAUCAAAUCGAUUAAUGGCGCAACAGAUCCAAAUGAUGUGUCUGCUCUCAAAGGGAUGUACAGCAGUUUGAAUUCACCUCCUCAGCUAGCCCAAUGGAGUGGUGAUGAUCCCUGUGGUCAGUCUUGGACAGGCAUUACUUGCUCAGGCUCACGAGUAACAGAGAUUAAAGUAGCAGGCCUUGGACUAUCAGGGUCAAUUGGUUUCCAGCUCGCUGGUCUGACAUCAGUGACCAACCUAGAUGUGAGCAAUAAUAACAUUGCAGGCGAUAUACCUUAUUCACUUCCUCCAAACUUGCAGCAAUUAAAUCUUGCCAAUAAUAAAUUUACAGGUGGACUCCCGUAUUCCAUUUCUCAGAUGACCUCUCUAAAGUAUUUAAAUGUUGGCCAAAAUCAGUUGCAGAACCAACUCAGUGACACGUUUAGUCAGCUUUCUUCCCUCUCCACACUUGAUGUCUCUUCCAAUACUAUGACCGGUAACUUGCCCCAGAGUUUAAGCUUACUUUCAAGUAUGACCACAAUGUUUUUGCAAAACAACCAAUUUACUGGAAAUAUUGAUGUCCUUGCCAAUCUUCCCCUCAAAAAUCUGAAUGUUGCGAAUAACCAAUUCACAGGAUGGAUUCCUGAACAGUUGAAAAGCAUUGAUCUGCAGACGGGUGGUAACCCAUGGAGUUCGGGGCCUGCACCUCCUCCACCACCUGGUACACCUCCAGCCAACGAAGGCAACAGAAAUCAUAAAUCUGGUGGAAAUGACAGCCCAGCAGGUACUGGUGCUGGAAAUCAAAGCAAAAGUUCGGGAAUUGGGGGAGGUGGCAUCGCUGGAAUAGUAAUUUCCCUCAUUGUUGUUGGGGCUGUAGUAGCAUUCUUUUUGGUGAAGAGAAGAUCAAGGAGGACAUCAUCAGAUAUUGAAAAGCUUGAUAGUCAGCCAUUCGCUCCUCUUGCUUCAAAUGAAAUACAUGAACUAAAAUCUGUGGAGACUUCCUCUGGAAUCAAGACUGUGACAUUUGAUGCCCCAGCCUUAAUAAAUCUUCGACCCCCUCCCACUGAUCGUAGCAAAUCCUUUGAUGACGAAGAUGUUUCAAGGAAGCCACCCAUUGUUGUGAAGAAAGCUGUUACUGCACCUAUAAAUGUGAAAUCAUAUUCAAUAGCAGACCUGCAGAUGGCUACUGGCAGCUUCAGUGUUGACAACCUUCUUGGGGAGGGGACUUUUGGACGGGUUUAUCGUGCUCAAUUUGAUGAUGGGAAGGUUCUUGCUGUGAAAAAAAUCAAUUUAUCAGCAUUCCGGGAUGAUUUAUCUGAAGAUUUUGUUGAGAUUGUGUCGAAUAUCUCCAGUUUACAUCAUCCAAAUGUAACAGAGCUGGUGGGUUAUUGUUCCGAGCAUGGACAACAUCUGCUAGUAUACGAGUUCCACAAUGGUAAUUUGCAUGACUUCCUUCACCUCUCAGAGGAGAACAGUAAACCACUGACAUGGAACACUCGUGUCAAGAUAGCACUAGGGACAGCCCGUGCACUUGAGUACCUGCAUGAAGUUUGCUCACUGUCUAUCAUUCAUAAGAACGUCAAAUCAACCAACAUAUUGCUGGACACGGAACUUAAUCCUCACCUUUCAGACUCUGGCCUGGCUACUUUCGUCCGAAAUGCAGAUCAGGCUGUGGAUUCUGGGUACGGUGCACCUGAGGUUGCCAUGACUGGCCAGUAUACUCUCAAGAGUGAUGUUUAUAGUUUUGGAGUAGUCAUGUUGGAGCUUCUCAGCGGGCGUCAACCAUUUGACAGCUCGAGACCAAGAUCUGAGCAAUCUUUGGCGCGAUGGGCGAUACCUCAGCUACACGAUAUUGAAGCUCUAUCAAAAAUGGUUGAUCCUGCACUGAAAGGACUCUACCCUGUCAAAUCUCUAUCCCGCUUUGCCGAUGUUAUUGCUCUCUGUGUCCAGCCGGAGCCAGAGUUUCGACCACCGAUGUCUGAAGUGGUUCAAGCACUGGUUCGUAUGGUGCAACGGACUAACAUGAGUAAGAGAACAUUUGGAAGCGAUCAAGGAGUCUCCCCACGAGCUGACAAUAUUCCUGAUACACAAGACUACAUGUCUUAAGUAGCAGUAGAAUUCUUGGUUUUUUCUUCCUUUUUCGUUGCAAUGGUAAAGAAAUCCGAACAUAGCAAUUCAUACAAGCACGAUCCCUGUCGAAACAUAUUGAAAAACUUCAGUUGAUUGUAAGUUCCUUUGAGCGUCAUUGGUGCAUUUGUAUAAUAAAUUCUCAGCUUAGACAGUCAAAACACAUAGAAAUAUUGUUCCCUCUUGGUCAUGGAACCUUAUGGAUUUGUUCUUUAUAGGCCAUCACUAUUGAUGUUUAGACGCAUUUCCGUUCUGGGUCGUGGAACCCGUACU